CUGCGCUGCAGGCGCGGCGCGGGCGCCGGCGCGUACCCAGAGUUCAUCGUUCAGUUCGCGAUUGGCUGCGUGCGCGCGCAGUACUCACACAUUUCAAAUUUAAAUUUAGAUCCCGGCACGACGUUCAAAAGUAAAAGGAAGAAAAGGUGCCUAGUUUAAUUUAGAAUUAAAAGGACGCAAUGGCGCUACGCUGGACGAGAGUGUGGUGGUUGGCGGUGGCCGUGCUGCUAUGGACUCCACACGCGCAUAGCAGAGAAGUUACCCACGAAGACAUCCGCGACGCGAUGAUGUCGUUGGUGCACAUGUUCCGAUCGUCACAAGACAAGCUGGAACGCCACGAGUACCGGGAGAAGGUGCUCGGAGACCAGGUCAAGAAGAUGCUUACAGGGUUGGAGAAGAAGCACCGCGCGCUCGAACCGCUGAAAGGAAUGCUCAGCAGGCUCGACGAACGACUGUCCAAUGUUGAAACUAUACUUCUACAGAAAGAAGAACGCGAGAAAGCCACCCAGAAGAAAACAGACGAGGCUUUAGACGGCAUCCAGAAAUCUCUGCAGAGUCUCACUGCAUCUCUACCCAAGAACUUGAAGCCAGGAGGAUCAGUUGUGGAGGACAACUUGACCACCAAUGAGGAUGGCUCGGACAAAAAGCGUGACGCUACUGAUGCGAAGCUGGACGCUGUGAAGACUGAGAUUGAUAAUUUGAAGAAUAGUUUGAGCAAAGACUCUCUCCGGUCGGUCUGCCUGGCGAUGGUGUCCGAGGUGAACCCGCUAGAGAAGCACAUCUCGGAGGCUGAGAAGCUACUGACGCGGUACGAGCUGAAGCUGAACGAAUUCAACGGCACCAAAGUGCAGACAGACUUCGUGCCGCUCAGUGAGGUCACGUUGGCCGAUGAAGCCUGGCAUAGCAAGAUGUCUGAAGUGAUGGAACGACAAGAGAAGGAGAUCCAGAAGAUCCAGCAGCUGUUAACCGACGCGGAGAGCAUGUGGAAAGACCUGCCGCGAGUGGCGGACCUGACCGCCGCCACAAACCGUACGCUCGAUGCAGUGCAGCAGGCGAAGAAUGAGCUCAAGGAAAAUGAUGAUGCUUCGGUUGGCAAAGUGUCAACCAAGCUGCGUGAGAUGAGCGAUCGGCUGGUGGGCACCAACGAGGACAUCCAGCGCAGCCUCACGCAGGGCAACACCAUGACGGAGCAUGCAUACAACGACAUCUCCAGGAGUUACGAGACGCUAAGAACUGAGGUGCAGACGUUAUCGAAGAACGAGCACGUGAUGCUGCAGACGGCGGACAACGUGAUCGCCAACAAGAAGCGCAUCGAGUACGGCGUGCACCAGAUCCUGGUGGAGGUGGGCGAGCUCAUCAAGAUGCAGGGCAAGAACCUCAACCGGACUAUCAACGACAGGUUCGACAACAUCGAGACGACGAUAGUGGAAAACCAGACGGGCGCACUCACCAACCUGAGCUCCAAGAUCGAAUCGGAGAUGUCGCAAGUGUGGCGGCAGAUCGGCAUCAUGUACCAGCAGCUCACCGCCAGCAAGAUGUCGCUUGACAAACUUACCGAACAAACCGAGCAAUAUGUUAAUGGAAGCGCCACCACUAUGGACAACAUGAAAGACAAGGUGGGUUUGAUAACGACUCGUAUGACGGAAGUGGACGACAAUUUGAACUACUUGCUCGGUCGACUGUCGCUUGUUGCUCAGGAGUUCAAUCAGAUCAAAACGGGGCUCGGGGAUGCGUUGGACAAGGUCAAAGCGAGCUUCCUUACCGUACAGUCUAGACUUGAUGAUGCCGGCCCCGGCCCACACAACAUCACCAGUGCAGAAAAAACAACUUAAAUUAUUAACAGUACCAAAUAACGUAGACUUAAUUAACAAAUACUAUAAGCUUUUACCGCGUAGAAAUUAACUGUAAGUUGACUGAAUUAGGAGUAUAGAUAAGUGAAAUGAAACUCGUGCAAAUUAACUUUUGCAAAUAUUUAAUCUCUUUCAUAAUUGUGGAUCUAUAUAUUUAUAUUGUACAAGUUAUAUGAUACAAUUAAAUUUGACCGUGACAGUACCCGACGUCACCGUGCCUCAUCACACGUCGCGUCGUCAGUAAACCAACAUUGACGAGGAUCUAAGAACUUGUGACUUUAUGAACUGUACAAUCAUAUAUUGAUAUAAUAAUUAUUGAUCUUAAACAAUAUACACACAAAUUAUUUGUCUCCCUU